GAGGUCAUGAAGUCAUGGACAAAUGAUUUCCUCUUCGAGUAAAUUGAUGGGUUGGGUAGAAACCUCUUCGUUCUCCUAAUGACUUCAAAUGUUCCACCAUUGCGCUUGGCAGACUACUUUUUUGUAGUCGGCAUUCAAGACAAGGACAUUAUAACUAAAUAUGAAGCUGCCAGAUCUUCAGGUGGAUCCAUCUCCAAUGAAUCCUACUUUAACGUGAAUGCAGCGGAGCCCAAAGAACAGACGCAAGGUGUAGCAACUUUAGACAAUACCAUGCUCGACCACGUCGCCACAGUCAUUCAAAACUUUGAUAAGGAUAGAGAUAUGGCUCGGGAUACCGUCAUUGCUGUAUGGGACGGCACCGGUCAACCUAGUCCCAGCCGGCGUAAGAGUGUCGCAUCGGCCACCAACGCCGUAUUGAAAUCCGGCACACGAAGAAUGAGCUCUGCCACGUCUAGACCGUCAAGUAAAUCAAUCAGUGCGUUGGAUCGCCCGUCUAUCAAUGAUACCGAUCGUAGGUCGCUAUCCAAUGAUCGCCACUCUGUUUCCGAGGAGACAACCAUGUCGCCACCCAUAGAUCAUGCGGAGAAGGAUAAGGUGCCCAAUAUAUUCGAAACAACCUUCCCUCCUGCAGUUUUAUUACGCUACCCUAAAGCAGAUCAUUCGCCAUUAGAUCCAUUUCCAUCACAUACCCCAAUGUUCUGCUUCCCCAAUGAUAUAACGUUUCAUUACGGCUCCAGCCCUCCUCCCGAGACUGUACAUUCUUUUUCUACCACCGACGAAGACGGAAAUAAGAAGUAUGGGACUUGCGUGACUUUCUAUGAGCGCUUACCCAAAUCCCUUUACGAAGACAUAAAGGCAUGUGUCGCAAAUUGGGUAAAGGGCAAUAUGUCAUCUAGUACACGUGAAUAUGCACAGCAUUUGAAGGAAAAGAUUGACGUAGAGCUGGAUCAACUUAAAGAACAUAGACAAAGGCAGAUUCAGUUGGCACAUUUGCAAACGACAUCGUGGAUACAAGAGGAACGAGACGAAGUGGAGGAAUUGCUGAGAGUGACUCAAGAGAAAAUUCUUCUUUAUAGGGAACUUUUAGAGCCUGUGAAAUUGGCAAAUUUUAAACCUGAGGAAUGCUGGAUUCCAAAAUCAGUUGGAGUAAUUACCCAGCUCCCUUGGUUUGAGCUGAUGAGCGAUUGGAUCAGGAUUGUAGUGGAUGCCAUUAUAGGAGUCAAAGGAAAGCGUAACCCGCAGGCAAAGAAAUUUAGCCUAGAAAAUGCCAUCUAUAACUUGAUCCAUGAAUUGCGUAUACCUCCUCGUGGUAUUUACGAAAUCGGUAUCACGAUCAAUGAGCGCAUCCUUUACCUUAACCGGCCAAGUUUCAACGAUAUCCCCAUUUUAAAAAACUUUUCGUUAUAUCCGUUGUUUCGAUGCUUGUCACCAAAUAUUAUAUUAGCUAUUAUAGAGGUUUUACUAAGCGAGGGCAAGGUGCUGUUCCUCAGUAAGAAGAUUGGUAUGCUUGCUAUAGCUGGAGAAUCGGUACAAUACCUACUCUAUCCCUUCUAUUGGCAAUUUGUGUAUAUACCAGUACUACCCAAGAGACUGAUAACAUGUCUACAGGCACCUGUGCCAUAUAUAAUAGGAUUUAAUGGAUCCAUGGAUGAAAUUGGUGAAGAUAUACCAGAAGAUACGUGCGUGAUCAAUUUGGACACUAAUACAAUUCACCAAAUGAUUCCGCCUCCAUCUAUACCUGUGCGACAGAGAAGGAAACUUUUAAGUGGAUUUGAGGAAUUUGCAGCGUUGCACACUAGAUUCAAAAUACCUUAUGGUAUUCCUUUGCCUGUUCGAGAAGCAUAUCCAAAUGGACGACUGCCUCUUUCAAAUGGGCGAUCCAAAACCAUGCUGCCUCUAGAACAAAGGAGACCUCGAUACGAUAACAUUGCAGAUAACCAUACGUAUGGGCAAGGUAGUGGCAUAUUUUCACGGCCAUUAUCUGAGUAUCUUACUGGUAAUCAGAGUGUUGGAUCUUUGAGCAAGUUCCCUACAGGGUCAUCAGAGGUCGAUAUUACCGCAGCGAUGUUACCACAACGACCAGGAUCGGCUGUCAUAGCACAAGUCACAGCACCCACACCAUCCACACCGCCACUCAGUCGUGCCCAAUCCUAUAGUGGUUUGCAUUCCAGACCUAUGUUGCCUCCUUCUCCUGGAACAACCAUCAUGAGUAGCUACUUUUCGAAUAUGUCAGCCACAACCGCUGCAACUGAAUCAGCCAAUGGGCAAGGAAAUCGAGCACAAGGCGGACACUCCAAUAGUUCUUCCAUAAGUAGCAGGAAUGGGGUCCUUGGCAUGGAUGAUAGCGAUAUGACUUCGAGUGGCAUUACAUCUGGGAGCACAAGUGAUACAGAGAAGAGAGAGUCUAAGCUCAAAAAUAGAUUGUCAGCUCUUAUGCCAAAGCCCAAAGCAGCUUUUCAAGACUACGAUACAGCACGUAAUUCAACUCAGCAGCAAAACCUAGCACUCGUUUCAUCUUUUAAUGUCGGCCCCGGACGCGCAAGUUUUCCUCCUACCAUGUUAGACAACUCCAUCGAAAAUACAAACAGCUAUAGAAGACGAUGUACAUGGGUAGAAGGACACUGUAUGUUGGAAAUUUUCAACAAUGAGCUGACGGAUUAUGUGGGAUAUCGCUGCAUUUGCGGAAAAGAGAUAAGUCGAGAUAUGAAAAGCGAUGUAAGCCGGGGAAGAGAGUCUGACCCGCUAUCACCACGAAUGAUGUUUAUGAGCUGCACAGAAUGCAAACUCAUCACACAUGAAGGGUGUACAAACCAAAUUCUUCAUCCUUGUAUCCCAACCUGCUUCGACGAACAGCAGAUCGUAUGUGCCUUCUUGCGCACCUAUUCGUCACUGCUUUGGAACUACAGAGCCGGAUUCGCCUAUAGUAUUGAAGAGCUGAACGGAAAUGCGCCGUUAGCUCAGUCUGAUGCCGCAUUCCCUCCGGACGAACAGCAAUCAUCUGAUCCUACCAGGCAGCCUCGCUUUUUUUCAAAGGAGCGUUUCCUUAAAGGAUGCGAUAGAGAUACUAGGGAUUACCUCUCCCAAUUUGUCAACUCACAAAUGUUCACCCAGUUCAUCACUGAUCGCCUGACAAGAUCGCCUCGAGAGUAUGAGGUCCUGUUUUUCGAUGAACUCAUCAAGCUCAAAUUGAAUAGAUCCAAGCUUAAACUAUUAAAAGAGGAUACCCCAUUUUUAGACGAUGAUUCGUUUGCUGUUUCACAAACAGUAUGGGCACAGACGCCAAAUAGCCAUCCGGCUUCCAAUAUGAGUGUGUACGAAGAGGAUGACGCAAGGUUUCCCACCAAGAUUCAUGACGACAUGCAGCUAAAGACAGCGGCGGCUUUCAUAGCCACCUAAAUUUAAUUUAACAAACAUGUAUAUAUACAUCUAAUUUGUGCCAUAUCGUAAAAUUGUUUAAUGCAAAUAAUGGAGGAGCGAUCAGUUAUCAUGAGUAAUAGAGUGGUAUAAUCGAUGAUGAUCUAGAUG